GUUAAAGGCUGUUUCUGCUAUUCAUUGCGGGUGCACAGUGUAAGGCUAGGGUCUAAUAGAGUUCUUCGGUAAGGUUAAGACUAAAAAGCUUCUAGCGCAAUGUUCGCACCGGCGCUGUUGGUGCGGCCCUCAGCAUCGACUACUCUGGCUAGAGGAAUCUCGACUACUGCAUGUUUGAAUAAAAACCAGGCUGGUAAAUACAGGUCUACUGUUAAUCGUUCACAAUUGCUGACAUACGAAAUGGCACAGAAACCACAUCACAUCGGCGUGAGAAAAUCUUGGCUUACUUGGCAUUCUCAGAAUUUAGAAGGUUUUCGACAAUCGCAACCGUUGAUGGUAGUACAUGAUGAAGUGAUCCGUCGGUUUAUUCGUGGUUUUUUUCCUCAGCAUGUGGUCAUAAGUGGAGAAGAGAUCGUAAUCAAGAGGAGGGGUAACGUAGUCAUCGUCGCUGGCUUCUUGCAAUAUUCGAGGCGUUUAGAUAUCCGACGAAUAUACUGGAUGUUUGGCUUCACGGAGGAAUUUUUGUCGAUCCUCCUGAAGCAGCCUGUGAAAUUAGAAUUUGCCUUUGUUGAGAGUGAAGCUGAUAUCGCUUACAAUUAUAUCUGAAAUGUAAUUCUAUUUUGCACCUUAUUGAUUUGUUUUAGGAUAAAGAGUGUGAUUAAUUUCUGUCAGUCAAAGUUAGUAAACUUGUGUA